AUGGAGAAACCGGCAAGAAAGAGAGGUAGACCACCAAUUACGAAGGAGUAUAGCAAUCCCUUGGAGAGUCCAAUGGCGCAUUCGUCUAUAAAAGUUCAAAAGUUGGGGGCUCAGAGCUUUUCAAGGCCUAUGAUGAAAGUUGGUCAGACGACACCGUCGCCAAGGAAGAGAAGAAGAAGCAGUAGCUAUGGCGUUUCUUGCCAUAAUGACUCGAGUCGCUCUGCAACUGGUUCGACAGCUAAGAGAGGAAGAUAUCGCGGUGUUUUGUUGACGACGCCGACUAAGAAAACUAGCACUAAUCGGUCUGCGACAGCCAGCUCUACUCCGUCAUCCACGGACAGCAUCUUUCAGUCAUCAUCAAAAAUGUCGCUUAAGAGUUCACCGCCCGUUCCUAUUUGGAGUUCUCAUGAGGAGAAGGGUGCCAGCGAUGCAUUCCAACAGUUCAAAUUUGCAUUGACCAUAGGCGAAAACGGGAGAGCUACAAUCGCUGGCUCUUCGCCAAACACUUCACCUGGCAAGGCCGAAGUGGAGCACAAAGUUAGUGAAGUAUCGCAGAGUCAAAAGGCGCAAAGCGGUAUAUCCGCCACGGAGAAGAAUCGUGUUUUGAGCUUGCUGAGGCAGAUGAGAAAUACUACUGCUACAACUGGGAAAAAUAAGAGUAGUGACGCCUCCAACACGUUCGAGUGUGUCAAGAAAACGGCGCGAGAAACAAAUGAGAAAGCGAAUAUGGUAGAUAGCCCAAGUACUAUGUUGAAGUCCCCGCAGCCGCCCUCGACACCGAGAGUAUCCUUUGCCGUGAAAACGGGUUUUACACCAAAUGCUGGUCUUGAUCAAGUCUUGCUCGAUAUCGUCUCCACACCCAAAGCUGGUCUUUUUAGUGGUGGUGACAGCAAUCUGACGGGUUUAGGUCAGUCGACCAAUAUCAUUACGUUCUCUCCCAAAAAUCGGACGCCAAUAAGAGGUUCCAGCCUUUUGCAACACCAGAGACCGAGGAUUGGUGGCCAAAACGAGGAGCAACGGGAUAAGCAAGAAGCUCAACGGCAACAGUAUGUCUUCAAGUUUUUAAGUGCCGAUCCCUUGCUUCUAACAGAUGAUGCUGAAGCCAGCUGGUCCGAAAUGAACUACAGCCAGUCACAACCGUCGCAUCAACAAGUAUGCUUCAAUACGCCGCCUUCGUGGGUCAACUGGGGAUCACCUCGGGCCUUUACACCGCAAAGACAAGAUUCGACUGGUUUAUCCAUAUGUCAAAGCCGUAGAGUUGGCUCAACAGCUAAAGAACGCUCAACGAGACAGACUUCUCAGGAGGCUGAAGAACCUCCUCCAUCAAUCGGACACCAAGGUUCAGUCCCGAUGAUCAAGAAGCCGACGCCAGCAGGGAAUGAUACACUUCCCGCCAUUCCUACCACUCCUAGAUCUAAAGGGAUACCAAUCUCUGCAAUGAUUGAGUGCACGCCACUCAUCCAACAGACUAUGAACGGUUCUCUUACCGCAAGAUUUGUCCCCGGGUUACUCACUGGUGAGGCGACCACGGACACUAUCAAGGAUUCGAUCAAAUUAGCGACUACCAGCCCGGAACAAGAGGAUGCUAGAGCUGCCUUGCAGAAAUUGAUUGCUGAGAAAUAA